UCCGUUUCCAAAACACAUCAGUCUUGUGCUCAUUUUAACAUAUCGAUUGCUUUAAAGUAGUCACGACCUAACAUUAUGUAAAAAUGUUAUUUGAACGAGUUCUGAGAGGUGACAACUUCUAGUUGCAAUAAGAAAAGUUAGCUGAUAGAUUUUGGAUUUGUCUGUCUUGGCGGUUCCCUCCAACAACAAGGGGGAACCAUUCAUUCGUUGUUGUUGCUAGUCCGACACAGUGCGAGCGGUGUCCACAUUAUCCCGCUAAACUAAGUGAUCUUGCAUGCACAGUUUUCGAUUCAGUUUCGCGUUAGUGCCUAUUCUAAAUGUCGGAUACAUGGAGCAACAUCCAGGCUCACAAGAAGCAGCUGGACUCGCUGCGAGAGAGACUGCAGAGGCGACGGAAAGACCCCACGCAACUCGCUCCAGGUAUGUUUUUAGGCUAACGCGUUAGCUAGCUAGAGAGAGGCGGGAUAGGGAACAUAAGAUUAGACAAUAGGGAUUUCAACACACACAUAUGUAUUUGAUUCUAUGCUGAUGGUUAAAGUUGAAAAAGUUCAACAAAUGUUAAUGUUUCUGUAUUCUCUCUGGACACACUAUAUGGUCCAGAUACUAACGAGUAACGUUAGCUAGUGACCAAAGCUCUUCAUCUACAUAAACACUGUUGUUACUGCCAAUGGGAUUUACAACUGGUGGUUUUCACUUCUCUCAGAGGUGGGAGGCAGCAGUGCUGAAGGGGCUGCAGCGCGGAGUGAGAGUCCAGGACCAGCUCUCCAGAGCCCCCCACAGGAGGAGGCUGAACGUCCCCCGGACCCCGAACUAGAGAAGAGACUCCUGGGUUAUCUGUCUGACCUGAGCCUCUCACUGCCCACUGACUCCUUGACCAUCACUGAUGAGCUCAACACUGUGAGUGUGUAUCCCUGUGACCAAGGUCUACUGGCUGAUAAAAAAUAUCAGACCUGGGUUCAAAUAGAUGUGUAUUUGAGUUGAGUAUUUGUUAUUUAAAUACUUUUGUCUGUGUAUUUGAGUAUUUUCAAAUACACAGCCCAGAACAAGUACUUGUAUUUUAGUAUUUUAAUGGUUAUUUGUAAAAACCAAAUAGUUGACCAAAUUGUAUUUGAAAAUAUUUUCAAAUUGUUAUUUCAAAUACUAUUUUCAAAUACCUGGGUUAAAUGAAUGGGAGUGUAUUUGAGUCAGUGUAUUUGAGUAUUUUCAAAUACUUUCCAAUUGUAUUUCCAAAUAGGCUACAUUCCAAUAUUCAACUACUUGUUUUUUUCAAAUAAAGGUAAUCUGAAUACUUGUUUUAAAAUGUAUUGAAAAGUAAUUGAAAUACCUAAAAUAGUAUUUGAACCCAGGUCUGAAAAGUAUAUGUGUGUGUGCUGACCGCUAUUGCUAAUUUGAAUGAAGACUAUGGAUAUGAGUAAUCGCUAUGUCACACAUAAGCCACUUUUCCCAUAACUGCAUCACUUUCCUUUUCCUAUCCUUUCUUCACCUUCCUCUUCUAUUUUCUCCUCCACAGUCUGAAGUGCCUGUCACCCAUGGCUGCAUCCAGAGUCUGCUGCUCAAGUUCUCUGCCCAGGAGCUCAUCGAAGUCCGGCAGCCAUCAGUGGCCACAUCCCCCUCCUCCUCUUCCUCAACGCUCGUCAUCUCCGUGGACCACACAAAACUCUGGGCCAUGAUUGGGGGUGGGGCCUUAGGCCAGAGGAAGAGGAAAGCAGAGGACCAAGCCCACCAUAAACGUCCGCCAGGCUCCUCCCCUGCUCUCCAGAGCCCGCCCUCCCCUCCGCCCACUUCCUCCAUCUCCCUGGCACCGGCAUCCUCCUCCCAGCUGACCGGGCCCUCUGAUUGGAAGGCUGGAGGAGGAAGGGGAGGGGCAGAUAAACAGGGCAGGACCAGUAAGGGGCAGACGUCUCACCUGGACAUGGAGAUAGAGAGCCUCCUGAACCAGCAGUCUACCAAGGAGCAGCAGAGCAAGAAGGUACAUUCACACCUUGGGAAAGAGAUGGGGAUACCGUGGGGGUAGUUUGAACCAUAUCAGUACAAACUUUAUUAUACUGCCCAAUGUUCAAUCCACUUUUCAACCACACAGUCAAUGACGAAAUCAAAUUCCAAUUGUAUGUGUGUGUUUGUUUAUAGAUGAGCAGAGAAAUCCUGGAGCUUCUGAACACCAGCACAGCUAAAGAGCAGUCCAUUGUUGAGAAGUUCCGCUCACGCGGUCGUGCUCAGGUCCAGGAGUUCUGUGACCACGGGACCAAAGAGGAGUGUACGCGGUCUGGAUUCACACCCCAGCCCUGCACCAAGCUGCACUUCCGGUCAGUACUGCUGCCACACACAACCAUAAGAGUACACUCCCAUAUAUAUUUGUAUAACCCCCUUUAUCACCCCAAUUUCGAUCUUGUCUCAUCGCUGCGACUCCCCAACGGGCUCGGGAGGCGAAGUUCGAGUCAUGCGUCCUCCGAAACAUGACCCGCCAAACCGCGUUUCUUAACACCCGCCCGCUAAACCCGAAAGCCAGCCACACCAAUGUGUCGGAAGAAACACUGUUCAACUGACCACCUGACCACCGAGGUCAGCCUGCAGGCGCCCGGGCCGCCACAAGGAGUCGCUAGAGCGCGAUGAGCCAUGUAAAGCCCCCCUGGCCAACCCUCCCCUAACCCGGACAACGCUAGGCCAAUUGUGCGCUGCCCUAUGGGACCCCCGAUCACGGCCGGUUGUGACACAGCCCGGGAACGAACCUGGGUCUGUAGUGAUGCCUCUAGCACUGCAAUGAAAUCCUGAUUUAUUAUUAUAAUAAUUAUUUAUUUUUCGCAUUUAAUUCAACCCAACCCAAAAUUGCCUUUUUCUUGAUUUUGUUGUUGUGCUGAUCACAUCCCUUAUCAUUGGCUGUAUGUCUCCAUUCAAUCACUUAGUCUCUUUUAAUUGGCUGAAGCAUCUUAUCUGGUCCCACUGUAUUGGCUGAGCCCUGUCUUCUCUCCCCUCUCUCAGACGCAUCAUCAACAAGCACACAGACGAGAGUCUUGGAGACUGCUCCUUCCUCAACACCUGUUUCCACAUGGACACCUGUAAAUACGUGCACUAUGAGAUCGACGCCCCUCCAGAGGCAGAGGGGGGCCUGAUGGGGCCCCAGGCCGGGGGCAUGGAGGUGGGACUACACCAGGGGGAGGAAGACAGCAACGUGGGGAAACUGUUCCCCUCUCAGGUGAGAGAGAGGAAGAGGAGGAAUAGAAUGAGAGGGGAGGGAGAGGGACAGGGACAUGAAGGGAAAAGGGGGUGGCCUAUGAAAAGGAAGGAGGGAGACUAGGUUUUUAUGACACAGGCUUUUAUUUUGGUACGUCUCUAAAGGUAUGAAUCCCCAAAGGGAGAAAUUAGGUAAAUGAGUCUGUCUACAUAAGUUAUGUCAGUUACCUCCAGAAGUGUGGAGACGUGGUUCUUAGGCAGUCUGACGCUGCGGUUCAAUCCAGUCUGAUCCGGUUUUGUCCCCCAUCACAGUGGAUCUGUUGUGACAUCCGAGUCCUGGAUGUGUCGAUUCUGGGGAAGUUCUCUGUGGUGAUGGCCGACCCUCCCUGGGACAUCCACAUGGAGCUGCCCUACGGAACUCUGACGGACGACGAGAUGAGGAAGCUCCACAUCCCCGUCCUCCAGGACGACGGCUUCCUCUUCCUCUGGGUGACUGGCAGGUACCUCCACCAAUCAGAUAUGAGUGGAAUAGUGUGUUACUACUUGACCAAUCAGCUGCCAGAAGAACAGUGCAUGCUAAUAAGCAUGCAGGGUCUGACAGGUUAAUUAUAUGAUAACAAGCCAUAAACUCCGUAUUUUAGUUUAUGUUGAUUGGUGCUUUGAUUGACAUCUUUCACUUUUUUCAAUAGGCUGUUCAAUCUUCAUGCCUAUCUAUAUUUCUUUUAGGGCUAUGGAGUUGGGUAGAGAAUGUCUGAGCCUUUGGGGGUAAGUCUUUAUUCAUCAACCUUUGGACCAAUAAGGAAGUCAACUGUGUCAUAAUCUGACCGUUGGUCUUCCCCUUGCUUUCUCUCGUAGCUAUGAGCGUGUUGACGAGAUCAUUUGGGUGAAGACCAACCAGUUACAGAGAAUCAUCCGCACCGGGAGGACUGGUCACUGGCUCAAUCAUGGGAAGGAGCACUGCUUGGUGAGUGUGAUGUAAUGUGUUGUGAUAUGUUGUGCGGCAUCAUACCUCUUAUCUCAUCUGACUCUGAGGGCUCUGGGCAGUUUAGUGCAGUCAGUUGUGUAUAUUUACUGUUAUUGUGGUAUAGUUGUGUGUGUACAGUUGUAUUGAUGUGCAUGUGCUUCUCAGGUGGGCGUGAAGGGACAGCCCCAGGGAUUCAACAGAGGGCUGGACUGUGAUGUCAUUGUGGCAGAGGUCAGGGGUCAAACAAUUAAUCCAUUUGAUGUUCCAUUCCAAUCCUAUGAGAGAAUGUUUUAACUCAACCCUGUCUGUUCUCUCUCCUGCUCUCUCUCUCAUUAUUGUCUGUUGUCUCUACCUCUUUCUCUCGCUUUCUUUCUUUCCUUCAGGUGCGUUCCACCAGCCACAAGCCAGAUGAGAUCUAUGGGAUGAUCGAGAGACUCUCACCUGGUACCAGGAAGAUUGAGCUCUUUGGCAGACCUCACAAUGUCCAACCCAACUGGUAUGUGUGUGUGUGGUGUGUAUUCAUUGAAUUUGUAAAUUAGGUGUGUGUCUGUAUCUGGGUAUUCUCUUUCUUUUUUUAAGCCUUCUCUCUCUCUCUCUCAGGGUAACUCUUGGUAAUCAGUUAGAUGGCAUUCACCUCUUGGAUCCUGAUGUCGUGGCUCGCUUCAAGAAACGUUACCCAGACGGAGUCAUCUCCAAACCCAAGAACAUGUAGAGUAGGCAUAAACGCCCUACGUAGGGUCUUCAUUGUCAAUUACUUGUCAUGUUAUGAACAUGUUAUGAACUUAGUCGCCGAGGGGAGAACACUGAUCAAUGCUCAGUGAGUGGCUGAUGGACUGCCUUGUUUUUUCAUGUCUUUCUUUGUACCUAUUACAACAUUUUGUAAUAAAUAUGGUUAAAGGAAUAUUGAUGUAUCUCUAUGAUGCGCAUCAUAUAUACUGCACAAUGAAUCCACCAAAAACAUUUCAG